GGAGGAGCUGUAAUAUAUAAGGGUCCAGGGAUAGAAAGAAGGUGUCCUGUCUGUUGUGGGCAGCCGGACAUCUCUUAUGUCUGUUUGCCAGGGAUAGAUAUGGACCCAGGGCUCUGUAAUUUGCACAUUCUCAUACUUUGUAAAUGAAUAAAUUGUUAACUUGAGAGAAGUAGUCUGUCAUAUUUUGAUCCAUCAAAGAACACGCAGGAGAAGACCCUAAAGAGAAAGAUAAAAGAAUUUUGAAGGACAUUUUUCAUCAUCCUCUACCCGGAUCAGGCACUAGCGGUCGACCACAUAAAAAGGUCCAGAGCCGUGCAGCACCAACACCAGAACAACCGAAAGACCAGAAGCUGACCAAAGGAAGCUGGGUCUGGCUAAGGGUAAUAAAAAGGAAGUGGACUGAGCCAAGGUGGACAGGACCCUAUGAAGUGACAGAAGCCACCUCACACUCAGUUAGACUCAGAGGGAAAGGUGAAACUUGGCAUCAUCUUAAUCAGUGCGCACCAGCAGAUCCGCCACAGAGAUCUUUAAAGGAAGUGAGAGCACAGCUGCAGGAUGUGUAAUCAGCAGUGGAGACGACUAUGCCACAGCGGCUGGGCUCAUCUGUGUGCAUUCAUAUUCUUUGUGAUGUUCAUGGUGUUCAUCGGGCAUCUGGCCUCUUUACCUUUCAGCUCUCCUAAAAACAGUAUCUUCGCACCACCUUUUGCAGUGAACCACAGGAGCAAGAGGAGCUCCAUAGGGCCACCACAGAUUGUCUUCUCAAAAGGACAAACCGGUACAGCCACAAUAGACCUUUGUGGUAUAGUGCAAUGUAGUAUUAGUGGACAAGAACAACUGCAGUGGUCCGAAAAAUACAUUUGUCACACUGUGGAGCCCCGACCUGAUCAUGCUGACAAUAGAAGAUUAAGUUGGUGCCCCCACUGGUACUGGGUGGUUGCUAACACUGGCCCCUCUGAUUGGGGGUAUCGUAAUAAGGCUGGGUAUAAUGCAACCACGGAGCCAGUAAUCUAUGGCAGAUUAACCAUUGUAAAGUCUUCUUUUCCCUCAGGAUGUCAGCCGGGACACUGCAACCCUCUACUAAUAACUCUUAAAGAUCCACAGGCUAAAGAUGCUGGAUUGUAUGUCCUGGGAGCUUAUAUGACUGGUGAUGACCUACUGGGUCAGUUUGGAAUUAAGGUGGUUGAUAAUUUAACAGGCCCAUCUUUAAUAGGUGUUGGUAGUGGACCCCCGACAACUAACAUCUACUCUACCCCUACUGUAAAUUAUACCAUCUCUCAUAGGGUUGAAGUUGAAACAGGUAUGCAUCAGGUAAAUAUUUGGUUAACUGCCAUGAUAGAUCAUGCUCAUUCUGUCACAUCAUCUUCCUGUGUGGCUUGCUCUAUUGCACGUCCCACCUUGUGGACUAUUCCUUCUAUCGCCUCUACUAACCCUUCCCUUACAGCCUGCAUUCUGGAGCUUCAUAUGACCCAGAACCCCUCUGCUCCCUGUAGGCCCUUGGAAAAAUUCUUUCCUUUAGCACCUGUUAAAGCAGUCCCUCCAAUCUUCACCCCCAUUAAAGGUAAUCACACCUGUUUUAUUAGAACAAGUGAUACUGGAAUUAAAGUUGGAAUUAUCCCUUUGUCCUGGUGUUUAACUACUGUUAACGUUUCUGGUUGGCAUAAAAUGACUACUUUAUCUGUUGCUAGAGCUGACCUAUGGUGGUACUGUGGAGGUCACAGCCUGAUGGGCACAUUGCCUCGAAAUUGGCAGGGUGGCUGCACAGUGCUCUCCCUGGUCAUGUCAAUUGCUCUUUUCCCAACUAGCGCUGCCACUUUAAUUGAUCAUGCUCACAUUGGUAGUCUUCUCUCCCGCCAUAAGAGAGCUAUAUCAACUGAAUUCUCUAUAACCCAUAAUUCUCCUGUUUACAUAGAUGCCGUUGGAGUCCCACGAGGUGUUCCAGAUGAGUAUAAAUUAGUGGACCAGGUUGCAGCUGGUUUUGAAUCUAUUUUCUUGUUUAUUACUGUAAAUAAGAAUGUGGAUAGAAUAAAUUAUAUCCACUACAAUAUCCAAAGGUUGACCAACCUUACAAGAGAUGCUGUUUCUGAUCUCUCCCAGCAAUUGGAUGCUACUUCGCUGAUGGCUUAUCAAAAUAGGAUGGCUUUAGAUUUUCUCUUAGCAGAAAAAGGGGGUGUAUGUUUAUUGUUUGGCGAUUCUUGUUGUACUUUCAUUCCUAAUAAUACUGCUCCUGAUGGCUCUGUUUUCCGUGCUUUGGCUGGUCUGCAGUCUCUUUCUAAUGAGCUUAAAGAACAGUCUGGUGUGGAUAAUCUUUUUAAUGACAUGUUGACACGUUGGUUUGGAAAGUGGACAGGUGCUUUCCUCUCUAUUUUUACUUCUCUUGUAGUGGCAGCAGUUGUGGUCACUCUGUGUGGAUGCUGUUGCAUCCCAUGUAUUCGUUCUCUGCUUAACAGAGCUAUCACUUCAGCUAUUGAAAAUAAAUCUGUUCCUCCUGCUUAUCAAAUGCCUCUCCGGGUAAGUGAAUCCGUCAGCCUUUUGACUCCCACUGACGAUGCCAGGGAGGAUGAUGACAGUGAGUGUGACUCUGUGAUGUAAGAUUUACAUUUAGUAGGAUUGACCUCUUUGUAGAGGUCAAAAGGGGGAAUUGUAGAUAAAUUUGUUGAGGUACUCAUCAAGG